AUCAGCUGAAUAUGGCAUGGUGUGGUCUUUAGUUCAGACACAGUGCAGCAGUAAGACACUGUGUGUAGCUGUAAUUAGCUCUUCGAUUUAUAAGUGGGUUCAAGUCAGAAUGCAGGUGUUGAUUUGUCUUCUCCUCACAGUGCUUCAUUUUACUGAAGGCUGCACUUUGGAAAAUUGUGGAAACACAUUGCCUAUCACAGCUCAUACAGGAGGGUCGGUCCUGCUGCCCUGCCACUGCACUGACCUACACACCAAACCCAAGACAUUCACCUGGAUAAAAUACAACAAAGACAGAUGGGAAAACAUAUCCAGUGACAGUGGUCAGUACAGAGACAGAGUUCAGCUGGUUAAUGGUCACUCUCCAGGAAAUCUCUCUCUACUCAUAUCACACCUGACUAAAGAGGAUGGAGGAGAUUACCAGUGCAAUGCUAAAGAAGGACAAUACAUAUAUAUCAGGCUCGCUGUUGAAGACAAGGCAAGGCAAGGGUCCCGGACUAAAGCAACUAAAACUUCUACUCCAGUGGCCUAUAGCAGAACUGAACCUUCUGCAACGAUGCCUUUUCAAAACGAUCCAUCCGACCCAGACACUCAAACAAAUACCUACUCUGAUUUCUUCAUUUAUGGUGCUGUGGGGGGUUUGCUGCUUUUGAUGCUAAUUGGAGGGGCCAUCUACUGGAGACAUCGAGCUAAGAGACGAGAGCAGAUGGACACUCAUGAGGGCAAAACAGAACAGAGGACAGAUCAGGAGACACAGGUAAGAAGUUUCAGUACUGUAAGAUGUUCUUCAGAGACAAAGCAUGCAUCAAUUCAUUUAUCUGUGUUUAUUCAGGAUUGCUCUGAGGUGCUGUACUGCACUAUACCAUCAGAACCUGCUGGUAAAGCAGAUAAGAAACAGAAGCGUUCAAAGGCGAUGUAUGCGAAUGUAAAUCUGCAAAGCAAGUGCAAAAAAGCUCAAGAAAAGGAUGAUGUGACGUACUCGAUUAUAGACCACAGCAAAGCAUCCACACCAGCGCAUAAACUGAUGGACACUAGAGAAACUACUGAAUAUGCCAGCAUCAAGCUAAAUUAGUAGCAAACAACAUGGUCAAAAUUAUGUGGACACCUGAACAGCGCACACAUAUGUGCAUCUCAUACACAUUUUCCCCCCAUAAUUUCUGCAUUAUUCAGUCAUUUAGACCAGUUUGAUGUGAAAUGGCUCAUUGUUGAAAAACUCUCCCUGUCUCUAUUAUUUUUUUUUUCAGAUUUUACUUAUAAUUUAAAAUGUCUUUGAAACCAAUCAGUUUUUGACCUUCAGUUUUGACUAUGUUGGUCUCUCCCCAUUCAAAGAGGUAGGGAUCUGGUUUGUAGGACUGGAAAUUACCCAGUAGCGUGGCACAGAUGGCUGCUGAGUGACCAGGCUAAAAUAUAAGGACUGUUUCCACUUCAUAAUAACAGCACUUACAGUUGACUGGGGCAACUCUAGCAGCACAGUAUUUUGACAAACUGACUUGCUGGGCAACUGGCGUCCUAUUACAGUGCCAAGUUGAACAGCUCUUCAGGACAACUCAUUCAACUGCCAGUAAUUGUCUAUGGACAUUGAUGUCCACAUAUUUUGAGCCGUGUAAUGCACGCACACACACACACACACACACACACACACACACACACACACACACACACACACACACACAUGCUCAUUCUAACAAUUCUAGUUGCUAAUUAGACAUAUUUAUUGUAUGCUAGCCAGCUGUAUUUUUGUUGUGUGAUCAAGCUGCAGCUAAAAUUCUGUCUACUAUGUAAAAGCAUUAUUUUAUUCUAUGGUAUAAAUGUAAAAGGAACUAGUAUUUCAGGAAGGAGAAUGAAAUAAUCUUAUAAUAACUAGAGUUUUUGCACUUUUAUUUAAUAUUUUUAUUGGCUU